UGUUAAAAGUUAUAUGAUCGUAGCCACAUGGUCGUCUAAUGAUGAACUACGUACGUAGGAUUACAUAGUCGUACAAAUAAUUAUAUGUACGGGUAUAUAAGUAAUUAAUUUUUAAAUAUAAGAUCUCGUAAUGAUUAAAAGAGAAUGGCUUUGCAAAAUCUCACGAAAAUUUUGAUUGGAUGGUCUAUAGCUACAGUUAUAGGGGUAUAUGCUUUUACAUAUUCGAGAAAAACUGUAAAUGAAAGAAGAUAUGAAAUUCUAAAACAACAGAAGCAACAACAACAACGACAACAAACAUAGAAUUUCAAUACUUUUAACUGAGUUAUUUGUUUAUGCAUUUAAAAUAUAAAAUAAAAAAAGUAGUUGAUUAAAAAAUGGCUGGAUUACCCCAGUUUAGUGAGGAACAAUUGAAGUUAGUACAAGAUAUAGAAAUAGAAAUGAUGACUGACAUGUUUCAUCGUAUGACAUCAGCAUGUCACAGGAAAUGUAUUCCACCAAAAUAUUCCACCUCGGAAUUAAGUAAAGGUGAAUCAGUAUGUCUUGAUCGAUGCAUCGCUAAAUAUUUAGAUGUACAAGAGCGUAUUGGUAAAAAGCUUCAACAAAUUUCUUUGCAAGAAGGCAAAAUUGUAGAACAACCAAAACUAAGUUGAAUAAAAUAAAAUAUUGAUUUGUUAAGAGAAA